AUGGAUGUCACGGACAGCAAGUUGGAAAGUUCGAUUGAAGCUUCUAGUGACAUUACAUCGGAAAAAGAUGCAGUUGCCAACUUGAACAAGCAAAUAGAUGAGCUAAAACGCGAGCUUGAUGCCGUGAAGAAGAAACUUCAGAAGGCGGAAUUCGAGCGGGACAGUGCUCGGAAAAGUGUGGAAAACUUGAAAAGUGAAGUGAAGGAGUUGAGUAAGAAGCUGCACGAGGAAAGGAAAAGAAAUGCUGAGGGCACAAGGAAGAACGGUAAUGCCGUUCGGUCAAAUGAUAGUAUAAAUAGUAAGUUCAUAUCAGCUGAUUGCUAUACAGCUGAUAAAUUCCAUUUUUUAUCCGCACCCCCACACCCUCUGCUAAGGAUGCCGCCGGCUUAUGAAUAGGAUGUUCCGAGUUUUUUUUCAAAGAAGCCGAAAAAAUUUGGACUUUUAUGUCAAAGGGCACUGAAAAAAAAUUGAGGGUAUGAAUUCCAGUCAUCUUUUUAUUUUUUUCGGGGUACUAGGGGGGAGGGGGAGGGGAACAGCUAAAAAUCAUUUACUACAAAUCCAAUACCCUGAUCCUGCAUUAUUAUUUUCCAAAUGCAUAGAUAGAGAAUAUUUAACUAGGCCGAAUCAGAACAGAGAAGCUCAAGAAACUGAGGCAACUGAAACCAAGGUAAGUCAUGUGUCAAAUUCUUGCUUUGUUCUACACAAAUAAAUAUCAAUUUGUGGGAGGAGAGUCCUGCUACUAAGUAAGUUUUUUGUUGUGUUUUAAUGUUGUUUCUAGGAUCUCAGAACCGCAUUGCAAGAGGCAGCUACUGCUGCUAUGAGCCAGAGUGGUUUUGUAUAUGAUGAUCGCACAGGACUCUAUUAUGACUGGAAUACUGGUUAUUACUAUGAUCCUGUAAGUACUUAUGUAAGCAUCAUCUAGUCUGCCAUCUAUGACAUAAGCACCUAAGGGGCAGAUGAGGCACGGUUGAUCCAGGAAUUGGCCAAUCACCCAGUGGGGCCCUUGUGAAAUAAUAUAAAGGACCAUUUUACUAAGGAAGGGGGACUGAUUCUGUAUUUUAAUCUUUUUUAAUGUGUAUUCUUUUCCAUUUUCUCAGUAUUGCAACUGUCUAACAGUAACUUUUAUUAUUAAGAUUAUCUCAUGAUAUCUCUUAAAUUUUGAUAGUUGGCUCUCUUGAGACUAAAAGGGCUCAUAUCCUUGUUUAUGGAGGCAGCAUGUGACUGGGUGUGGUCAUGUUUUGACAUGAGCUCAUUCUGUUUUUAGACUAGUCGCCUGUACUAUGAGAACACUACAGGUAUCUACUACUAUUAUGAUGAACAGAGUGGCGCUUACAAACUUCACUCCAGAGUUGAUAUAUCCAGCAGCAAGCAAAAAACAGCUCGCAAAGACAGUACAGAUGAAAAGGAAAGUGGUGAAGAAAGCAGUGAAGAUGAAGCUGAAAGUGACAAGGAAGUAGAGGGUAUAGGACUGUUUUACCAUGCUAAAAUCAAUAGUUAAUCUUUCAGUCUACAGGCAGAAUGGAAAGACCUUUCUCCCAGCAGCCCUGUCAGCAAUCAGUGCCCAGCUUCGAGACACUUGAGAACUAUACUUUUUUCUGUCAAUCAAGUCUUUUCCAAUGUACUAAAAAAUUAAUGUUCAUUGUACACUGUAGCCCCCCAGUCCCCAGAAUUAUAGGACCCUUCACCCCUUGGCAUUAUUUGCAAUGUAGUUAAGCUUUGAUUCGGUCUUUUCCUUUGGAAAACUACUUUUUUAAGAUGCACUCCUUAUUUGAUCUCCUGUGGUCUUGCCUAAAUGUGUGUAGUAAAUAAUAUUUCCAUGCUCUCCUUUUCUGUCAUCUCUCCCCAUCUAAUAAAGUCACAUAUAUCUUAAACAUUUAUUUUUUUAUGUUUUACAUUUUAGUUACUGAAGUGCAGUUUCCUUGCAUCAGGGCAAUAGUAACCAAGUCAUCAAAGUUGAAAGUAGGAAGCCUGUUUAUCGUUACAUACAUUGGUGGUACAAUUGGAAGGUAUAUGGUCUAGCAACAUCAAUUAUUUACAUAUUUGUACUCUUCAGUAUGUUGAUAUCAGUGAACUAUUUAGUAACUGAUUUCCUUUCUCCUUGGUUAUAAGUUUGAAUGCAGGGCUAGCCUAUAGGGAAUCAGCCGUAAGGUUGUACUUCACGAUUUUAAUUAGGACCUUUGUUUGCAGGGAGAAAAAUGUGUCACAUGUCAUAAGAAUACCUGAUGUUGAAGUUAGCAAGGUAUUUGAUAUGCAGUUGAAAUUUUUAAAUCCUGCAACUGUUGAAUGAUCUGCUGCCUGGUUUUUCUCACCUUCUCUUUUCUCCUCUUUCAGACACAGUGUAAUAUUGAGUUUGAUAAAGAGAGACGUCAGUUUUUUAUCAGUGAUGUUGGAAGUAGAAAUGGGACAUUUCUGAAUGGUUGUCGGCUCUCUGAGGUAAACUAUACAUAUUUUUAUUUGCAAGUGCAUGGUAUCACAGGAAACUGCAUUUUUGAGCCUAUCUAAAACUUAGAAAAGACAACAGGAAUUAAAAUGAAGGGUGUUUAUUUCCGUGGGAUUUCAUUACAGUGACAAUGUGGCCGUAAUGCCUCUUCAGCUAUGUACUGUUGUCAGAAUCCUUUGUGGCCUGCUACCACUAUCACCCCCCUGGGGAGAAGGGCAGUUUUUCUGUUAUCUGAAAAGAAUUAGAAGUUUUUUCCUUGCUUCUCGCUUUUUAUUGUAUAUUAUACAAGGGUGUUUAAGGCUUUAUACGGGGUACUAACGCGACUAGGCCUCCAGAGUCCUUGAAAAUUGCAGUCAGUUCUGAAAAGUCCUUGCAUUUCGGUGCUAACAAAAUAUGCGAAAAGUAGCAGACACAGAAAGACCUUCAAGAUAAACUUGCUUAUGUUAUGAAAGAACGUCAUCUGACAGCAAGGUCUUUCCCCUUUUAAUAUGCCCUGUCGCUACCAAACGUUUUUUGUUAUAAAGUGUCUCAAUCUACCGAUAGGCCUAUAGAGGUGAUUUGCUUGAAAAUUUGGGCAAAGAGUACAGAAGGUACACUUCCAUUUGACUUGUGUCUCUCCAAGACGCUCUUUGCUUAAGCUUCCUUAUAAUUUAGUUGUAAUGUCUUAUUUCUUACAGAGCAAACAAGAAAGUAAACUCCAGGUCAUUACUCAUGGAGAUGAACUUACCCUUGGAAGCACAUCACUUCGCCUUCACAUUCACCCAGGGUCACAAACUUGUGAUUCCUGUGAGCCCGGCCAAGUACAGGCCCAGGCCCAGCAAGGAACCUUAUUUGUUCAAGAUGAUGAAGGUAAUAAAAUUAGUUACCUCCCCCCUCAUAAACAAGCCAUCUCGACCUGUGGGGAUAGAAGCUGGGGGGAAAAUCAUUUUCUUUUGGCUGCCUGAGCACCUUUAAAGACUGCAAAGACGAUGUUUUUUCCAUGUAAUAUAUUUUAGGUUAAACCGAAAGAUGCGAGACUUUGUUUAGGACUGUAGAAAGUUGAUUGUCCUUUUCGUACGUUUUCGAUCUUCUGAGGCUUAAAUCCUUUUUCUAGUGGACUGCCUGGAUGGUUCUAAACAUCGCAGAAGACAUUUCUUACAUGAUUUCGUACUCUAGUGUCAGACAGAAAUGUUCAUGCCUUUUUCUGCUGAGUGCUCUUAAAAGACUGCAAAAGUGGAUCGUCCUUUUUGUAUGUCUUCUUCUUGUGAUAAAAGUCAAACACAUCGUCCUUUUUAAUAGCGACCAUUUCUCCGUAGUCGAUGUUGCCAUCGUUGUCUGUAUCAAGUAUCCGCACCAAUUUCUUCAAUUGCUUUCGUGUCAUGGGGAUGCCUGUUCUCUUGACACCGUUCAUAAAUUCCGCCCGGGUGAUCUUUUUACUAUUGUCCUUGUCCAGCUGGCGAAAGAAGUCUACAACACGCAAGCCUCUGAGCUCUAUGUACUCCAGCAGUAAGUUGAGAACAUCCUGCGAGAGAGCAAAAGAAAAAAAUCUGUUUUGGUACAGUUUGGUACUCUAACUAUUUCAGAAAUUUCCAAAUGUUGUGUGAUAGUAGUAUAGUUUCCAUUCAUGUCGCCCUUUUCUUGGUCUAGUCUGUACUCGUAAGUCUCGGUCUCCCAGCAUUUUUUUCGAAGUUUCGAAAUCAAUCUUGAGUACAACAAAAGACAACAAAGGCCAUCGUUCACAACUCUGUGUGUAGUUAGCAAGAGUUAAUCGCUACGAUUAUUAGGCACAAUUGAAGCUUUUUUCUCUGAGACAGUCAUUUAGUUAAGUACCAAGUGAAAUUUUAGUACUCGCAGCCGAAAUUUGAACCGUUUCGUUCUUUAGGUACUGUUGAGAAUGAAUAACGAUAGUCUUGUUUCACAUUUUUCCGGGAACGUCUCUUUUAGACGCAGUACUUCACAUGAACUUUUUUCAUUGAAUUCGAUUCUGCUCUUCUGAAAUACCGCGUCUGAACCGCGGACCCAAACCUAUAACUAGGAGAUCUGGGUCCAAGGCUCACUUUUGAGUCAGAUCUGUAUGCAAAGCUAUUCUGUAAGUAGUUUCUACAACUGAAGAAUAAUAUUUUACAGCUCAAGGAAAACUUUACUUACCACUUUCUUUUUCAUUCUUUUAACCCUGUCUUUCCCCUGCAUGGCCGUUCCACACUGCACGCUUAGGUUCGUUCGUUCAUCAAGCACGUCUUCUAGUAACUCUUCAAACUCCGCAUUCACGGGAAUUCCGUCAAAGUAUAACUCCUCGAUGGCGCUUUCCUUGUUCUUAAGUUGUCGCGAAUUUUAGAGUAUACGAGGAAGCGAGACCUUACCCAAGACCGGUUGCGCUUUCUGGACUUCUCAGCUUAAAACGAGCUCAGGAAAACGCUCGGUAAAGCGAGGCUGCUGGCUUUAGGCUAAUCUUGAGAUUUCCAACUCUGUUAGAGUGUUGUUCGCAGUGAGCGCCUCACCUACUGCUUUGGCACCAUCGUCAGCGAAACCAUUCCAGGACAAGUCCAGGAAUUUUAACGCGCAGUUGUUUUUUAGUCCGUAUGCAACUGCCACAGCUCCUUUUCUUCUUAGAUGAUUCCAGCUUAAAUCCAGAUAUUCUAAUCCCACGUUUCCAUCUAUUGCUGGACCCAGCAGUUGACCUCCGAUCUCGCAGAAGUUGUUGUGGCUGAGGUUCAGAGAUUUAAGCGUGUAGUUCUGUUUCAUAGCUUCAACAAUCGGCUCUGCAUCCUUCUCCUCGAAGCCAUUGUUCGAGAGGUUGAGCUCUAAAAGUUCGUUAUUUUCUCUCAACAUCUCCGACAUGGCAUAUGCUCCUUGAGUGCGAAGAUCGUUUUGCGAAACGUCCAGCUCUGUAAUGAAGGGAUUUUCUGUUAACAUCUUGGCAAUGUAAAUAGCACCGUCGACUCCGAUGCUGUUAUCGGCGAUAUUCAGGGUCAAAACGGAGUUGUUCUGCAUCAAAGCCACCGCCACAGCCUCGGCUCCCAUCGGACCAAGGUUAUAAUGCUUCAAGUUCAUUUCUGCCUUGUCCAGCUGCCGAAGGAAUGGAGUACAUGGUAUCAAGCCAAGAUUUUUACAAGCUGCAGUAUAAUGCCUCUUGUCCCUUCUCCCUUCAAGGAUGUCCUCCUGAAAUUCAUUCUCCAAAUCCGUGUCGUACUCCUCUUCACUGCUCUCUGCUGGUUUUUCUGGGCUUAGUUCGUCCGUCAGCGGUUGAGCGUCGUCUUCAAGCGAAGAGUACGGAACUUGUCUUAUGCAGUCAACUUGGACUGGGUAUUUUGUCGACAUUGUUGCAAUCUGAGAAAAUAUAUGCAAUCUGUGUCAUUUCUUACCCAUUUCCCAGAGGUCUUUCACUUCUCUCAGGUAGUUACUUAGUGUAUGUCAGCCUAUAAUGUACCGACAUAUAUUGUACCACGGACUUUACAUAGAUGUCCUAUUCUACAGUCAUAGCUUCCCAUCAACCUCGUUCCCAGGAUUCUCUCCUGGUUGAGGUCCCCAUAGGCCCUUGCUUCGCCGGUGGCUCAAUAAGAUCAAGGCCUUUAGUAACAGGAUUACUCAAAUGAGCUACAUUCAUAAUCAUAGAAAGGAAGAAAAUGCACGAGAAUGCAUUUUUAGCUUCUUUCCCCUCACAGUGUUCAGUUUACCGCCGUUCUUGAACGCAAGUACUAUACAGGGGGCUAUGUUGAAAGUUUCGGCGCCUAUUAUUGAAAGUAGGGUGUUUAAUGAAGAAUCGCUCGUUCUGGGCAACGAUUAUUCGAGUAAGUACCUCAAGAUGCGGGCGCUAAAAACCUGUUUUAUUACAAAUAUGUAGAGUUUAGUACACGAAUCAAGUUUGAUUUUCUGAGUUGUGAAGGCUUUCGUUAAUACUUAAAUGUUUGAAAAGGACCUUGUAAGAACGUGCUUUAAGGUAGAAAGUUAAAUUAAAUAUUUUCAUCGUGUGAGAAGUUCAUUUUAGUUCCGAGUAAUUGUGCUUGCUUGACAAAGUCAAGUAAGUGCAUUAUAAACAUAUUUCAAUAAUUCUCGUAGUUUUACCUGUUGGAGUAUUGUACGUUCACUCAAUGAAAAUGAAGAUUGUGUACAAUUCAAAUCCGCGAUGUGUUGAUGCAACAGUUGUAUAUGUGUAGUUAGUUUCACGUACGGCGGGCGAACCAGGUAAAAGCUUUUCUUUCCUCAAAAUUAUUGUUAUUCAUAGCGAGAAUCUAUUAGCGAGUCUCUUGUUUUAAAUGCAAGGAUUGAGGAUGUUCUAAGUGGCCGUGGCAUUUAAACACUACGUCGCUAUGGAGACGCUUGGAUGUUGCUUUGGUUACCGGACAGUGGGCGAGCCAAGACAAAGGCAUCGCCAAUGGCUUUCCGAAAUUAUACAGAAGCCUUUUUUGUGGAAAUGACAAGAAGCUGUGAAUAAUUUAUAAUUUCUGUAAACACUGAGCAGGUGGUAAUUCAAAACUAGUGUUUCAAUAGAACAGGGAUUGAGAAACCUUAAGCUAAAGAAAAAAACAUACAGUUUGAAACAUAUUGAAAUGGUUUAGCAAUAAAUCUAACUGUUGCUUUUGUAUUAGAGAAAGCACUGGCAAAUAGAUGUAGUUGUCAAGCUUUGUCCGCGGGAAACUAAUCUCAAUUAACUCAGCGAGACUACUGACACUUGAAUUUUAACAUCCUAGCCUUAUUUAUUUUUUGGUCGAAACCCAGUAAUGAAAACAGUUUUAUAUAUUACGGAGGAGCAUACAAAUCAAUUAUACUUAUCUUCGUGGUUAAUUAUGUCAGUUUGGCUGCUAGCAGUCCUAUAGUAGUGAAUUUCACCUGUUUGGCCAUGAAUAGUUUAUGCAGGUUGUAGAAUACAAAGCUGACUGAGAUAAUGAAAUUCUCUGUUUGCUGUAAAGUAGUUCUUAGCUUUAUAAUGAAGGUCUGAAAGCUUUGUGUAAUUAUGUGGCAAGGCUGUCUUUCUUUGCCGCAAAGGGCUUGUAGUGUGUCAUUGAAUGGCCGUGAACUGAAAUAUUGAAAAUACACUACUUGGAACUGUUUUGAGUUGAUAGUAUCUUUUCCGUUUAUGUGAUUACAGAGCAAGAAAUAUCCAUCUUUACAAUGGUUUUCCUGUAUUUUCAUUCCUUAUAUUGGUGCGCGUUUCUAGGAUCUAUGUCGCCUGAAAAGAAAAAAAUCACUGAGGCAGAAGUUGUGACGGAUGGCGGCGUUAGACCGCAGACGAGGCUACAAUUUUGGUCGUAGCUGUUAAAACGCCAGCGAAUGUUUUGGAUACGGACACUACGGAUUUUNUAGAACAGGGAUUGAGAAACCUUAAGCUAAAGAAAAAAACAUACAGUUUGAAACAUAUUGAAAUGGUUUAGCAAUAAAUCUAACUGUUGCUUUUGUAUUAGAGAAAGCACUGGCAAAUAGAUGUAGUUGUCAAGCUUUGUCCGCGGGAAACUAAUCUCAAUUAACUCAGCGAGACUACUGACACUUGAAUUUUAACAUCCUAGCCUUAUUUAUUUUUUGGUCGAAACCCAGUAAUGAAAACAGUUUUAUAUAUUACGGAGGAGCAUACAAAUCAAUUAUACUUAUCUUCGUGGUUAAUUAUGUCAGUUUGGCUGCUAGCAGUCCUAUAGUAGUGAAUUUCACCUGUUUGGCCAUGAAUAGUUUAUGCAGGUUGUAGAAUACAAAGCUGACUGAGAUAAUGAAAUUCUCUGUUUGCUGUAAAGUAGUUCUUAGCUUUAUAAUGAAGGUCUGAAAGCUUUGUGUAAUUAUGUGGCAAGGCUGUCUUUCUUUGCCGCAAAGGGCUUGUAGUGUGUCAUUGAAUGGCCGUGAACUGAAAUAUUGAAAAUACACUACUUGGAACUGUUUUGAGUUGAUAGUAUCUUUUCCGUUUAUGUGAUUACAGAGCAAGAAAUAUCCAUCUUUACAAUGGUUUUCCUGUAUUUUCAUUCCUUAUAUUGGUGCGCGUUUCUAGGAUCUAUGUCGCCUGAAAAGAAAAAAAUCACUGAGGCAGAAGUUGUGACGGAUGGCGGCGUUAGACCGCAGACGAGGCUACAAUUUUGGUCGUAGCUGUUAAAACGCCAGCGAAUGUUUUGGAUACGGACACUACGGAUUUUGCACAAGAAAAAUGCGCCCUACAUUUGAGAAAAUCAAACGAAAUGGAUUAAUUCAAAGAAGUUUACAACAGCGCGAAUUCAUUCAGUGACGUUUACACUAACUUCGCCGUCGCGGUUGCGUAGCUCCCUAUUUGGGUAGGGUGGGGGAAAAAAAAGGGAAGCCAUAAACCUUCACAUGUGCUGAGACACCCUCCCCAGACAAAAAAUAGUGUCUCAAUUAAUUAUCACUAGGGAGUAGGCCCACCAAUAUUGUACCUUCUCGCUUUCUCACCCCUCCUCUUUCCCCAAUCCCCAUAAUCUAGUCAGUUGAUCAGUGUACAAUUUAAUUGGCAGUGUGCAUAACAAAGGUUGUGGAGGGACGUAAACCAGUCAACUCGUUAACAAUACAAGAACAGCGAAAGUCAGUACUUAAAAGAAUAAAAAAGGCGUAUGCUUUAGAGGUAAGUGGCGUUAGUACCACUGUUGACGUUCGGAAAAUGAGGUGUAAUUAUGACAUAUAUAAGUGUCACUUAUGUACGUUUUUAAUCAAACAUUGUAACUUAACUUACACAGCGUUUUGAGUAGCACCUCGCUUGAUAGACAGCAUCAACACUUUCAUCAGUUCAGAGAAACUUCCAGCCCAGGAACUGGUUUUAAAAUUUGUCGUCGGAGAUUUCUUACUGUCUCUAUUGUUGGUCAAUCCUAACAUAGAGCCAAGUUGCUUAUUCUGGUAUAUUUCACCUUCUUGAUCUCGUUUCAAAAACUUCCAACAGCAACUAAUGAUACUACGUCAACUAAAUCCAAAAAUAAAAAAAAAUAAAGUUUGGAAUCGUUAAAUGACGCUUUUAUUUAUUUUUUCAGGAAUCCUCAUACACCGAGCCAGCCGUCGAUGUCACUGGAAAAUACAAAGAUCGUGCAGAAGUCAGGUAGGGCAUGGGAGUCAGUCAUUCGUUUCUCCCGCCCCCGCCAAAGGCUUUCCAUGGCCGAGCGGGGUACUGAAGACGAGCGCGGAGCGAGAUCCGGAACCAGUUUCCAUAGAUUUAAGCGAUCGAUCGCAAGCUACUGGGAACUGAGAACUGGGGAGAGUUUUCUCUUCGUGUUAAUUAAUUUGGCUAGUAGCAAUUGAGGGAGGAGAAAAAGUGGUUGAUCAUUUCUCUGGUCGCCCGUUCCCUUGAAGAAAGGGAGCAACUCUGGUAAUGGAAAAGUAAGGAAUGGUGAAGCGCAAAAAAAGGUAUAUUGUGAGCCUUGACGUACGAACAGUGGACAAAAAAGUGAGCUAGUACUCAGGACAAGGACACAUGAUUUUUUCUCUUCAGGCCUCUCGCUUGUCAUCGCGUCAUUCCCACUUUCUUUUCGAUUUAAUGUCACGUCAUUAACAAGCUGAGUUAUGUUUUUCCUUCUUCGUUUAGACGUACAAAGGUCGGAAGUGAUGUUCCUGUGGUGAUUGCUGAUGAUGCCCCUGCAUCCGUUCACAGG